UAUGUUAAUAUUCCAGCAGAGUCGUUUGUAGCACGUAGAGAUCUUAAGUGAAAUAGGAUGUCAGACAAUUUCAUUGGGAUUUAGAAAGUUAAAUAUAUUUGUUUCUACAUAAUAUUUUAUGUAUAACAUAAGAAGACACAUCUGUUAACUUGGAUGACAGUCUUGGUGACUCAUCCAUUAUGUCCUCGGAUGACCUUCUUGCACAGAGGGAGAAAGUCGAACGCCAGAUUUUGGUGCUCGAGCGCAGCCUUGGUCCCGAAAGCAACUCCAUUGAACUAUCUUCAGACAGUUGUUCAUCUGAUGAUGGAUCAGACGAUAAUGCAUCUCAACCAGAAGAUUUGGGUCCUCCAGGGGACCUGGAGGCAGAGCGGGAGCAAAUACAGAGAGAGAUUGAAGAGUUGGAGUGCACUCUUGGCCCAAAUGCAUCUAAUGCUGAGAUUCUGUCAGAUGAGGAUGUCCAAGGAAGUGAAACAGAAUCGAGCAAAGAGGACAGUGCUGAGGAGCUGGAUCUACCCCAGAACACAGAUACAUGUCUGCAAAUGAACCUUGUUUACCAGGAAGUGUUGAAAGAGAAAUUAGAGGAGCUGGAGCGACUGUUAUCAGACAAUCAACACCAACAAAAAGAGAUUAUGACUCAGCUGUCUGCCACAGGAACUCCCCAGGCUACCACAUCUGGACAACCCACACUGAAGUUUUUCUUGGGGAGCUUUCUGAAGCCCUAUUUCAGAGAUAAAGUCACAUGUCUGGGCCCACCUGCUAAUCCAGAAGCCAGAGAGAAGAUGAGUAAAAGGAUCGGACCUACUGACGACGUCAAGAUGAAAAGAUGGGAAGGCUGGCAGAAGACUCUGCUGAUAAAUGCUGUCAUGAAAGACAGCACGAAGCGCAUGAUACAGCCCAAGCUGUCCAAGGUGGAAUACCUUACACAGAAAAUGGUCAGCUCUGAAAAUGUGGAAAAGCAAAUCCUGCGGAAACAAAUCACUGAAAUUGAAAAGGACAUUGAGGCCAUCAGUGCACUGAAGGAGGAUGAGCUGAUGGGUGGCCGCUAUGAUGACCAUGAUUGGCAAAAGAUUUCCAAUAUUGAUUUUGAAGGCAUCCGUGAAGCUGAACACAUAAAAAGCUUUUGGCAGAACUACCUGCAUCCCUCCAUUAACAAAGCCAGUUGGAAGGAAAACGAAAUUGAGAUGCUCAAGAAAGUCGCUCUAAAACAUGGGCACCACAACUGGGAUCUGAUUGCUGAUAAACUUGGGACCAACAGGACAGCCUUCAUGUGUCUCCAGACGUACCAGCGCUACAUCUGUACCGACUUCAGGAGGAGGAGGUGGGGCGGCAUGGAGGACGAGAUCCUUCGAGAGCUGGUGGAGAAGAUGCGUAUCGGGAACUACAUCCCGUACACCCAGAUCUCCUAUUUCAUGGAGGGCCGGGAUUCAUGCCAGCUGAUGUAUCGGUGGACUCAGGUUCUGGACCCCACCCUCAAAAAAGGCUAUUGGUCUAAAGAAGAAGAUGAGAUGCUACUGAGCGCAGUGGCUAAACACGGGGCGGGGAACUGGUGGAAGAUCCGUCAGGAUGUGCCUGGCAGAAAUGAUGGCCAGUGUCGGGACAGGUACGUGGACGUCCUGGUUGGGAAUGUGAAGAAGGGGCCCUUUGACGAGAUGGAAAAGGCACAGCUCAAACGAUUGGUGGAGAAAUAUGGACGUAAAUGGUCUAAGAUAGCUGCCGAGAUUCCCAACAGAAUUGACUGCCAGGUCCUUCAACAGUGGAGGAGAAUGACUGGGUACAAGCCCAGAGAGAGGGACAAAAGUAAAAGAGCAUUGCAGCGAAGGAGAAAGAUUGCGGCUGUGGGGAGCAUCAAGAGUAAGCUGAUGAGGCGAGACGAUGAUGAGCACUCAAGCUCCGACGAGGAGGAGAACGUCGAGAUUGAGUUUAUGGACAGUGACGACGAGAAGCAACAGAAGUUCAUUGAACCGCACUGGUCUGAUCAGGAAAGUGACAUUAUCAAAGACUACACCCAACCAGACAUGGAGCAAUGGAUCCCCGUGCUAGAGAAGGAGUUUGAAGGGCUGGGGAAGGUGAGGAGCAUGAUGGUUGAACGGCCCAGCAAGAACACAACGCAAGAGCAGGCAACGACGGACAGCCAGGAUGCGGCACGCAAGGUCAUAGUGGUACGUUCCACUAUCCUGGACCGCUUCGGCAAACCUGCUGCCACUGUCAUCGGACAAAACCCCCCAAUCCUAGCAAAGAAGGAUUACAACAGUGACCUGGCCAUGCUGAAGGUGUGCUACGGAGAGGUGAAAAACCUGAUCGCUUGGAAGAAAACCAAUGCCAGAAAACAUAAAAACAGUGGGCCUAUCAGCGGUGACCAGGGGACAGCCCACAAGUCCUCAAGACAAAAGGAGUCCUCUGCCAACAGUGAAACCUGCGUCACUCUCAACUAUUCCCUUCAGUUGGCAGUCACUCCCUGGGUGGGCAAUGUGCUUAUGCCCCCACCACCCUCUUCAAACAAGCGCCGUGAAGCGGACAUGGUGCGAGAGAGAGCAGAGAGCAUUGGACUCACCAAUAGCCCAGUGUUUUUGUUCUUUCUGCAGGUCCUCCGUUUAGAUGCAGAAGGCUGUAAGCAGAUCAUUAAAAUGCGUAACAACCAAGCUGUAUACCUGGAAAACAAAUCUUGGGAAGCGAAACAGGCUUCAUUGAAAACCCCAAAGCAACGCCAUGGUCCCAGAACAGUGGCCAGUAUGCUAAACCAGAAGGGAAACGAGCAGCAGAAGAGGAAGCAGAACAAUCAACUUGUGAUGAUGAUCCCUCAGACCUUUGUCAUUGCACCGCCUGUAGUACAGUCCAUCCCACAUCCUGCGGUCCCCUCCACUCCAACUUCCAGACAACAACUCAUGCCUUCCGCACUUACCCAACUCAGACCCUCUACCCCCAGCCGACCUAUACUCUCCACACUUGGUCAACCUGUACUCUCUACCCCCAGCCUACCCAUACCCUCCACACCUGGUCAACUUAUAUCCUUGACCCCCAACCGACCUACACUCCCUGUUCCCCUUUCCAUCCAAUCCUCAACUACAAUAGGCCGGGUGAAUGAGGAGGCUAAUGAGAAUCAUUCAGGGAAAAAACGCAAUCGUAAACCUACUGAGAAAGCACAGGCCCUCAAGGAUGCUGCGAAUGCUAAAAAGUCAGUGGAAGAGUCACCCAAACGCAAGAAAGCCCGUACCAAAGAGAGCCUAGUUGUCCAGCCUUCUAACGUGGUUAUGUCCCCUCCACAAACUGCCUGGGUCCUGAUGCCCGUUGGACUUGUGCCAAUCAGUGGCAUUGGCAUCCAGAUGACACCUCAGAAUCUACCACGAAAUGCUCUUGCACCUGCUUGUCCAUCCCCUAUUAUUAUCAACCAGCAAGUCCCUCUAACACUAAAUGCUGCUGCAACACAAGCCUCUCCCAAUAUGACCUAUGUCUUCCCAUCUCCCUCUAAAGACCCAUCUGCCCUCAUGCUAUCUCCUGCCUCAUCCGUAGCACAGGGAACUGCCUCCCCAUCUGUAAACUCUCUCUCCACCUCCAUUACCAUCACAAGCAACACUGCUCUAAGAAUGACCAACCCAGUGAAACGCAUGAGAAUAACUAACCCAGUCAUGCAGGCUGUGGCAACCACUUGUCCUCAGCUCAAUGCAGUUUCACCUAUUCCCAUGAACACGGUCAUCUCGGCUCCCAUCAGACCGCAGACUGGCCCUCCACAGGCUUUAGUCCUCAACGUCCCUCCAGGCUCCCUUCCAGCCUCAUUCCCACAGGGAGCCCUCCGAAUCGUGCAGCUUAACCACCCUAAAAGUGUCCCUCCACCCCGCAAUCCGGAGCUAAUGCAGUUUGAUCCCAACCUGAUGUUCAUGGAGGACCCGGCACAAGUGAGAGAGUGGUUGAGCGGCAAGCGAGGAGUUGCGCUUCCGGAUUUGGGCGUCACUCUGCCCUACUUACCCCCUUUUGUCAGCAGUCUUAAUACCCUCUCAGGUCUCCUGAAAUGUAAAAAGACAUUGGCAGUUCGUGCAAUGCAGCUCCUACCCCCAGAGGAGAAAGAGAACCAGGAAGAACAGCAACAGGUAGCUGCAGUGCGGAGCUUUGUGGCGGAGCGCUUCAGCCAUAACCCAGGCUACCUUCUCCUGAAGGCUCGCUUCUUGUCCUGUUUCACCAUGCCUGCUCUUUUGGCUACUAUCAAUCCGGUGAAACUCUCCAAGUUCCCCACCCCGGACCACGGUGAUGUGGAGGAGGAACCUUUCAGGAACCGUCCAGUGGAACAGACGGAUACUGGGUUUGAACAGCCAACAACACUCCAGGCCCCUCUGCUAAGCACAGACGGAAAAGGACCUCCUGCCGCCUCCUUCUCUGGAAUCACCACAAGAAAUAAAAGUCGCUACCUCAACACGGCCACAGAGUAAAUGGAGUCGUUUUGGAGUGACGUGUGGUCUUACGGGUUAACCAGGUUUUGUGUUUGAAAGUUCUUGCCAAUUUUGUGAUGUUACUGGAAUUGAUAGAAGAUGGCAGUGGAUAGCUGUAUUCUAUGUCACUCAGUACAGAAUAGUUCAGACUAAUUUUAAGCUGUCGAAUUUGCACUAAACCAGUGGUCACCAACCUGUUGUGAGUCAAGGUCACUGAGUCCAAAUGCAAGCCGAUCUACCGCUCAUAUUUUAAAUAAACGUGACUUAAGAAAUGUAAGCCUACGCAACAUUAGCCAGUUAAAAACAGAUCUGUAGCCGUGAAGUUAGUGCAGUAGGCUAUAGGCCCCAAUACAUUAUCACUGCAUAUUUGUCCUGCUUGAAUUUCCCUGGCAAUGUUCUUCUCAGACCAUUUUGAAAAUAAAUAAAUAUAUAUAAAACACACAUUUGCUAUAUAAUCACACUGGUAAUAGAUAAUUUGUUUGAGGCACAGCUGAGUGAGCAAAAUGUGCUUUUAUUUUUUUACUGGACUGAUGGCCUGCAUCCGAUGGUCAAUCUGAGGAGAAGGAGCAGCUCUUGAGGCUUCCUCUCACCCGACUCGCCAUCCCUCCGCUCACCUGCCCUCUGCUGAGAAAAGGGGACACAGUCUUCCAGCUGAUGGCAAAAGUCAAGUUGCACUGCAUUAUUUCUGCCUCGUGCACAAAUUAAUGUUACUCCUAUGACCAGAGAAAGUGAAAUAUUCCUCAAUAUUAAAGACAAGCAGCUAAUAAUAACACAAGCUUAUCGGAAUGCUUUUCUAUACUCGUUCAUUGCAGCUGCAGUGCUGAUUGUGGGGAGAUUGGAAGUAGGGGGAAUGUGCAUUCUAUGAUGGCUUAUAAAAGUGUUGACAGGGCUGAAUAACUUGAACAUGAACUUAUAAAAACUGCAGCUCUUUGCGGUACUCGUUGAGUCUCUAGUCAUGGUUUUUAAAUCUGACAGUAUCAACUUUGCUGUGGGUUCAAGGCUUCUUUUUACAGUCUUAAGGCACAAGGACACUAGACAUGGUGGUCUGAGCUAUGAUUGGUCAGUGGCAGGCCUAUCGGUCCACUUGAUUUGCUCUACCUUCAGACACAUGAAAUUGUUAAAAAUGGGAACACAGUCUUCCCUGUGCUAGGGCUGCUGAAUCAAGUGCACCUACUGUCAAUAGUGGAAAAUAAACAAAUAGCAUGGCUUAGUUUUUAACAAUCGACCUGUUGGUGACCACUGCACUAAACUAAUGGUUCAUAUUUGUACUGGUUUUUGAUCAUAAUUGUAUUUUUCUUAUAUUGUGAAAAGAGAAAGUUAUGUUGACCUGUACAUAUUUUGUAAUAAAUCAUUCUACUUGUUUAAAAAUAAAUGUCUGGAUGGAUCUUCAGAGCACUUG